UGAAGGUAAGGAACUAAAGAAAUUGAUACUCAGUGACCUCUAUUAUCAUUUGCAAGGAGAGCUAGAAGGGAGAAAAAUUGGUAUUGGACCAUUCAAAGAAUUAUCUCAGUAUCUUGUGGAAUCAAAUUUUUUGGGAACCUAUCAACACCAGUUCAAUGAAGAUGCUUUUACAAAGAAUAUGUUUACGAAGAAUGUAUACUUGUUUGACCUUGCUCACUUGCGAGAAGAUUUGAGAUUAGAUGUGUGGGAUUGUAACAAUUGGAGAAUAUCCAAGGAGGUUGCAGAAGUCAUGUUGCGUUUCCUGCAGGAUGCAAACUCAGUCAUGUUGCUUUCAAGUUCAAAGCUUUCUGCAUUAAAAGGACUGAUAGCUGUUUUGGCUGUCAACCAUGAUCCCAACUAUUCUGCUAUUGAUUCCUUAUGGUUGAGUUUGAGCCCUGCAGUUGGCAUUUUCCUUUUGCAGCCUUCUUUCAUUGUUGCUAUCUUUGCUCCAGAGGAGAACACGAAAGACCACUUGAGCAUUGGUGAUGCAAAGCUGCAAAAGGAGGAAACCUCUCCUAUACAUGCAGUUUUUAGAAAACCAAGUCUUAUUGAUGCACUUGUGCACUAUAUUGAAAGGGCGGAUGAUCUGAUCAAGAGCAAUCCCCGCAUACUGCUUUGUGUACUUAACUUCAUGAUUGCCUUAUGGCAAGGGGCUCCCCAGUAUGCCAAUCUCUUGGAGUCCUUAAGAAGGCAUGGAAAGUUCUGGGAACACUUAGCUAAUGCAAUCUCAAAUAUUGCUAGCAGUGAAAUUUCCUUGCCCACAAGCCUGAAAGAAAAAGAUGCUUUCAAUCUGGCAUACACUUUCCAUUGCCAGUCUUCGAUACUAGGAAUCAUGGCAUAUGAACUAUUCUUGCAGAGAAAGUUGUUUCAUGCAGAGUCAACUGUGAAGGAUGCAGCAGAAUCUAAGGAGAAGGAGCAAAAUGUCACAAGAACUGAGAAAUCUAAAGCGACGAAUCUUCAUGAUCUUAAGGGAAUCUGGUCUUCAUUGUUCAAUGAUUCCAUUUUAGAGAAACUAAUAAAGUCAUACACUUCUUAUGGAAAUAAUAGUGAUAUAUAUAAUGGUGCAAAGGUGGCCACCAGUUUAUUCUCUGUUCAUGUGAUGAUGAAAUUAGCAGUUUGCGACUCUGGAAGUUUAUCUGUGUUAUUGCUUCAGAAGAUUCAUGAAAUUCUGGCUAAGUUGAGCAUUCAUCCUGCUUUUUCUGAAUUGCUGUCUCAGUAUUCACAACGUGGUUACAGUGAAGGUAAGGAACUAAAGAAAUUGAUACUCAGUGACCUCUAUUAUCAUUUGCAAGGAGAGCUUGAAGGGAGAAAAAUUGGUAUUGGACCAUUCAAAGAAUUAUCUCAGUAUCUUGUGGAAUCAAAUUUUUUGGGAACCUAUCAACACCAGUUCAAUGAAGAUGCUUUUACAAAGAAUAUGUUUACGAAGAAUGUAUACUUGUUUGACCUUGCUCACUUGCGAGAAGAUUUGAGAUUAGAUGUGUGGGAUUGUAACAAUUGGAGAAUAUCCAAGGAGGUUGCAGAAGUCAUGUUGCGUUUCCUGCAGGAUGCAAACUCAGUCAUGUUGCUUUCAAGUUCAAAGCUUUCUGCAUUAAAAGGACUGAUAGCUGUUUUGGCUGUCAACCAUGAUUCACAAGGGAGGGCUACAGCUGGAGGGAGGAUCUCAGAUGAACUCAUAUUUACUUUCAUGGAUAAUAUAUGCCAAUCUUUCCUUUCUAACGUGGAGAUAUUAUCAUCUGUUCUAGAUGCCUCUGAGGAUAUUCUCAAUUUUCUUGCAUGUGAAGUAGAACUAAUCUUCCAGUUGACAAGAACUGUCAGGCAAAGCCUCUCGCUAGAUGUAUCCCUACUUGUUUUGAAAUGUGCUAGUUCGGGUCUUAGACUAUUGGGUUCACUUAAGCCGGCACCUUCUGAGGCUAAUGUGAUCAUGAAACUUUUACUCACAUUGCUGCUUUCAGUAUUACAGUCCAACUCCCUUAAUGCACAUUCAGGUGUGGUAACCAAGGACAAUUCUGGUGAGGUCUUAUCAAAGGUUUCAAAUGCAACCCUGGGUCUACUACCCAUUCUUUGCAACUGUGUUGCGACUUCUGAUCAUUGCAUGCUAUCCCUGUCAGUCAUGGAUUUAAUACUGAGAAGCUUCUUGACACCCAGGACUUGGUUACCUGUCCUGCAGAAUCAUCUCCAAUUGCCAGUAGUUAUGCUUAAACUCCACGAUAGAAGUUCAACUUCUAUUCCAGUAAUAAUGAAGUUCUUUUUGACCCUUGCACGAGUUAGAGGAGGUGCUGAUAUGCUUUAUUGUUCCGGCUUUUUGUCAUCUGUGAGAGUGUUAUUUGCUGAAUCUGGUGAGGAUUUAUCGACCACUAGUGAGAAUCUUGGGGGCUCGUGCGAGAAGUUUGUAAUACCCCAGGAUAUUUGGGGGCUUGGAUUAGCUGUGGUUACAGCUAUGGUUAAAUCCUUGGGAGACCAUUCUUCUGGAACUGCUAUUGUGGAUAGCAUGAUACCUUACUUUUUUUCAGAGAAAGCUCAUUUUAUCAUUUAUUCUCUAAAUGCCCCAGACUUUCCUUCUGAUGAUCGUGACAAGAAAAGACCUCGAGCACAGAGGGCAUUUAUAUCUUUAGCUACUCUUAAAGAAACAGAACAUACUUUAAUGCUCAUGUGUGAGCUAGCAAAACAUUGGCAUUCGUGGAUUAAGGCAAUACGAAAUGUGGAUAGACAGCUUAGAGAGAAGUGUAUCCAUCUUUUAGCCUUCAUUAGCAGGGGAUCUCAACGCCUUGGUGAAUUGUCAAGCAGGAACGCCCCACUUUUAUGUCCACCUACCCUGAAAGAGGAUUUUGAAAUUUCCUCAAAACCUUCCUUUGUCAAUAGCAAAAAUGGAUGGUUUGCUCUUUCCCCACUUGGAUGUGUGCCAAAACCAAAGUUCUCUUCUUUCUCAACCACUUCUACCCAUGGCCAAGCAACUGAGAGUACUGAUCUUAUUCCGAAAACAUGCUUUUCUGAUACUGUAGCCCUGCAGGUAUAUAGAAUAGCAUUUCUUCUUUUAAAGUUUCUCUGUUUACAAACUGAGGGUGCUGCUAAAAGGGCUGAGGAGGUUGGGUUUGUUGAUCUUGCUCAUUUUCCUGAGCUGCCAAUGCCAGAAAUCUUGCAUGGAUUACAGGAUCAAGCUAUUGCCAUUACUACGGAACUCUGUCAAGCCAACAAACAAAGGGUCUCUCCAGAAAUACAGGAUGUUUGCAACUUACUGAUGCAAAUACUUGAAAUGGCCUUGCACUUGGAACUUUGUGUUCUACAAAUUUGUCGCAUAAGACCUGUAUCGGGGCGUGUGGAGGAUUUCUCAAAGGAAGCAAAAUCUCUGUUUAGUGCACUGGAGGGUCAUGCUUUUCUAAAAGCAUCUCGCAACUCUCUGAAACAGAUGAUAUCGUGUGUCUAUCCUGGAUUGUUGCAAGCAGAGAAUUUCAUAUAAGAUUUGAUGUAGACAAAAGAUCACAUUAUUAAUUGUACAGAAUUUCAUAGUGUUAGUCAGUCUUCUUACUUUGUAGCUAGGUAUUCCUUGUGUUUUUGAUUUAUAAUUGAUUUUUUUUUUCUGACC